AACCCGCGGGCGGGGGGAAGGCGGCGGAGCCGGAAGCGGCCGGAAGUGACGCCCCCCGGAAGUGGCGCCGAGCACGCGGCCGGGAUGGGGCGGCCCGGGAAGAGCCGCCACCAGCGGCGGGAACGCGCCGUGGCGCGGGAGCGCGCGGAGCGCGAGUUCGGGUCGGUGCCGCACUCGUUCGUGUUCCCGCGGGGCAGAGUCGGGAGGAGCCUCCGCGGGCUCGGGCAGGACCUGCGCAGGGUCAUGGAGCCCUACACCGCCCGCGCCCUGCAGGUCCGUAAGAACAAUUCCCUGCGGGACCUGGUGGCCGUGGCCGGGCCCUUGGGGGUCUCCCAUUUCCUGGUGCUCAGCAAGAGCCCCUCCAGCAUCAACCUGAAGCUUUUCCGGCUCCCAGGGGGUCCCACCCUGACCUUCAAAGUGCUGCAGUACUCCCUGAUCCGGGACGUGGUCUCUGCUCUCCGGAGGCACCGGAUGCACGAGCAGCAGUUCUCCCACCCCCCUCUCCUGGUGCUCAGCAACUUCGGGCUCCCCCAGAUCCACGUCAAGCUCAUGGCCGGGAUGUUCCAGGGGAUGUUCCCGGCCCUCAACGUCCACAGGGUCAAUCUCAACUCCAUCCGUCGCUGUUUGCUCCUCACCUUCGACUCGGAGUCGCAGCUCCUGGAAUUCCGGCACUACAGUGUGAAGGUGGUUCCCGUGGGGGUCAGUCGGGGGCUCCGGAAGCUUCUCCAGGAGAAAUUCCCCAACCUCAGUCGGCUCCAGGACGUCAGUGACCUGCUGCUGGGGGAGGUGGCCCUGUCGGAGAGCGAGGCCGAGCAGGACGGGACCCACAACGUGCUGGAGCUGCCCCAGGACUGCGCCGGGAGGGGCAACCAGGGGGGACAACAGAGCGCUGUGAGGCUGACUGAGAUCGGGCCCCGCCUGACGCUGCAGUUGGUGAAGGUGGAGGAGGGGCUGGGCCAGGGCAGCGUCCUGUACCACGGGCUGGUGCACAGGUCGCAGGAGGAGCUGCAGCGGCUGCAGCGGCGCCGGGAGCAGAAGCUGCAGCUCAAGGCCCAGCGGAGGCGGAAACAGGAGCAGGACCUGGAGAGGAAACGGCACCUGAGGCACCUGAACAGGGAGCGCAGCCUGGCCGGGAUGCGACGCCAGCAGGGCCAGGCCAGGCCAGGUGAGGGUGCCAGGACAGGUGAGGGUGCCAGGACAGGUGCCAAGGAGGGCGACAGCGACGUCGAGGACCCCGGCGCACCUGAGCCAGGUGUGGCCACGCCCUCGGAGGACGAGGACGACGCCGAGUACUACAGACAGGAGGUGGGGGAGGAGCCCGACACAGAUUUGUUCCCCACCAAGAGGAAACGAAGCCCCUCGGGCGCUUCCCGACCCCGGAAACGGCGGAGGCAGAGCCGGGAGACCCCGAAAUCCCACCCAAACACCCCCAAAUCCCACAGAAAGACCCCGAAAUCCCACCCAAACACCCCCAAAUCCCACCCAAACACCCCCAAAUUCCACAGAAAGACCCCCAAAUCCCACAGAAACAACCCCAAAUCCCUCCCAAACACCCCCAAAUCCCACAGAAACAACCCCAAAUCCCACCCAGAACACCCCAAAUCCCACAGAAACAACCCCAAAUCCCACCCAAAAAACCCCAAAUCCCACAAAAACACCCCAAAAUCCCACCUGGGAACCCCCAAGUCCCACCCAGGGACCCCAAAAUCCCACCCAAAAAACCCCAAAUCCCACAAAAACACCCCAAAAUCCCACCCGGGACCCCCCAGAUCCCACCCAAAGAACCCCAAGUGCCACAAAAACCCCCCAAAAUCUCACCCAGGACCCCCCAAAUCCCAUAAAAACCCCCCAAAAUCCCAUAAAAACCCCCCAAAAUCCCACCCAGGACCCCCCAAAUCCCACCCCAGGCCGAAGGUUCGGGGGCAGCUCCUGGGGAGGAGGAAAACCGGGAUUUUCCAACGUCCUGGAAGGGCCAGAAAGGGGAAAAAGGGUAUUUUGGGAUAUUUUGGGGGUAUUCCGGGGUGUUUUGGGUCCCUUUGGGGGGUAUUUUGGGGUCUCUUUUUGAGGGGUAUUUUGAGUGUGUUUGGGGGUAUUUUGGGGGUUCUCGGGGGUGUGUGUUGGGGUAUUUUAGGGCCCCUUUGGGCUAUUUGGAGAUGUUUUGGGGCUGUUCGGGGCUGUUUUGGGGCUAUUUCGGGUCCCUCCGCGGGGUCAAAGGUCGCGCCCCCCCUCCCCGCUCCACCCACCCAACCAAUCACACCCCUCAACCUUCCCCCUGCCCCGCCGCACCCAAUCACCAGCUCGGACACAACGCCCCCUCAGACUCACCCAAUCACACCCUCCGACACAUCCCCCCCCUCGAGCACUCCUCCAAUGGGGAGGCGCGUUGCUGGGGGGGUUUGCCCGGCGGGUGGCGGCGGCGGCGGGGCCAAGAUGGCGGCGGCGGUGUCGGGGAGCGGGCCCGGAGCGGGGCCCGGGCGGGAGCCCCGAGCGGCGCCCGAGGAAGGGCCGGCGGGGCCCGGGCGGGAGCCCCGAGCGGGGCCCGAAGAGCCGCCGGCGGGGCCCGGGCGCGCCCCCGAGGAGGAGCUGCCGCCGCUCCCGCCCGCCGAGGUGCGGAGCCGCCUGGAGCGCAGCGCGAGGCAGUUCCGCAACCGGCGGAAGGUGCUGAUCAGGGGGUUACCGCCCGACGUGACCAACCAGGAGGUCCACGACCUGCUGAGUGACUACGAGCUCAAGUACUGCUUCGUGGACAAGUACAAAGGAACGGCCUUUGUGACCCUGCUGACGGCAGACCAGGCCUCCUCGGCCGUGCGCCGCUUCCACGGCUCCGUGCUGCGCUCCCGGGAGCUGCGGGUGCAGCUGCAGCCGGACUCUCUGCUGUGCGUGGCCAACCUGCCGCGGCUGCUGUCGCAGCAGCGCUUCGAGGAGCUGGUGCGGCCCUUCGGGAACGUGGAGCGCUGUUUCCUGGUGUACAGUGAGAGGACAGGGCACUCCAAGGGCUACGGCUUCGUGGAGUACAUGAAGAAGGACUCGGCGGCCCGGGCCCGCUCGGCGCUGCUGGGCCGGCGCCUGGGCACCCGCAGCCUCUUCGUGCACUGGGUGGAGUCGGCCCAGCCCGGCCCGGAGCUGCUCCACUCCCGGUGUCUGUGCGUGGAGAAGCUGCCCCACAACUUCAGCGACCUGGACAGGCUGAGAGGGGUGUUCGGGGGCCGUCAGGGAGCCAACGUUCUGUCAGCUGGCCUACGGCCCGGACGGGGCCCCCAGGGGCUUUGCUGUCCUGGAGCUGGAGUCCCCGGAAUGGGCCGAGCGGGUCCAGGAGGCCACGGACGGGAUCCCCCUGGCCGGGAACCACAUCCGGGUCUCCUUCUGCGCCCCGGGGCCCCCGGCAGGAGCACCCUGGCUGCCCUCAUCGCUGCCCAGGCCACGGCCCUGAACCGCGGGAAGGGGCUGCUCCCCGAGCCCAGCAUCCUGCAGAUCCUGCAGAGCCUCGGGAAUCCCACGUCCCUGCAGCUGCUGCUGCCCGCCCUGCUGCACCCCGGCAAGCAGGCAGGAAUUCUGGGAGCUGCCCCUUCCCUGCCCCUGGUGCCCAGCCCGGCCCUUCCCACGGCGCUGCUCCAGCUGGCCCUGCACGGCCAUUCCCAGAAGCCGGGAAUUCUGGGGGACUCCCCGCUGGGCUCCCUCCCCCUGGGCCUGGCCCCAGCCCAGCCCCCGGGAAGCUCCUGGGAGACAUUCCCGCAGGGGGGCCCCUGCCCGGGGACCUGGCGCAGGGACCCGGCAAAUCCGCCGGGAUUCCCGCCGGAACGUGGCCCUGGCGUCCUUCCUGGCCCAGGGGGGGGAGCGGGACAGGCUGGGAGCGGGAACGGGAGCGGCCGGGACCCCCCUGGGAGCCCCCCCGCCCUGGGACACGGAGCAGCCCUUCCCAAAUCCAAGGGAGAGGUGUCUCUGCUGGGGGAGCCCCCCAAGGAAUUCCAGCUGCCCCUGAACCCCUUCCUGAACCUGCGGAGCCUCCUGCCCGGCCCAGGAGCUUCCAAAGGGUUCCAGGGCAAUCCCGGGGCCCUGGGGGGUCCCUCAGCCCCCCCCCGGGGCCCCCCCAGCGACCCCCCCCUGCUGCCCCCCCCCUCCGGAGACGCCUUCGGAUUCGACUUCCAGACGCAGGAUUUGGGCUCCAGGAUUUUCCCCCAAACCCGAGACCCCUCCGGGCCCCUCCUGGGGGGCUUCGGGCCCGGCAGGAACAAGGUCCCGUCCCCCUCCCCUGCCUUUGACAGGGGGGUUUUGGGGCCCCCCCUGCCCCCCUUUUUCUCGGGCUCCCCCAGUUCCUGCUUCUCCAGUGGGGUCCAGGCCGGGCUCAAGCAGAGCCACCUCAGCAAGCCCCUCGGGAUCCCCCCGAGUUCCCCGGAGCCCGUCCUGCCCUUGGGACCCUCCACCCCCCACCCCAAGGCUGCCCCGGGGGGGCACAAACGUCCCUUCUCCCACCUGCUGCCGUCCCCGGAGCCGAGCCCCGAGGGCUGUUACGUGGGGCAGCACUCCCAGGGGCUGGGGGGGCACUACGCAGACUCCCACCUCAAGAGGAAGAGGAUCUUCUAGGGGGACCCAAAACACCCAAAAAACACCCCAAAAACAGCCCCUACGCCGACUCCCACCUCAAGAGGAAGAGGAUCUUCUAGGGGGACCCAAAACACCCCC